UAGCUACCUCGAACAAAUCUUUCAAUCUCCAUGGCUACAUCGGUACUUCUCCUAUUCCACCUUGUGCUCCUACUAGUAGUGUUUUUAUUCUUGAGUAGAGCAUUUUGCUUUCAACUAGCAUGUCUAAUUGCAUAUAAAUUACUUGUUCUAGAUAUCAACUCAAUAUACUAACGAGGAGGAAAUUAAAAGGAAGAGAAAGAAGCGAAAGAGAGUUGUUGUAUUAGCUGUGUCUAUUAUGGCUAUUAUUGCAAACCGGUAUCAAUGGAGGAGACCUAGACACAUCGUAGAUGCUAACGAAGUUCAAGAGAGAAAUGUCGAGUCUAGAAAACAAAUGCUACGUAAUAUGUACCAGGGUUCAAAUGUCUAUUGCUAUGACAGUUUGCGCCUAACUAAGAGAUCUUUUAGUGACUUGAGUGCCAUCUUACGGGAAAAGAGUGGCCUACAGGAUACCUUAAAUGUGUCGGUAGAAGAAAAGCUUGCAAUUUUUCUGCUUAUAGUAGGUCAUAACACCAAAAUGAGGUUGAUCCGUAGCACUUAUGGGUGGUCCCUUGAACCAAUCAGUCGACACUUCAACGAAGUGCUUAGAGGGAUUCUAUUUUUAAGUCAUGAGUUCAUCAAGCUUCCUAAUCCAGAAACCACUCUACCUGAGGAUCCAAAGUGGAAAUGGUUUGAGGAUUGUCUAGGUGCACUAGAUGGCACACAUAUCGAUGUGAAUGUUCCAUUGAAUGACCAAGGUAGGUAUAGAAAUAGGAAGCAACGAAUCACCACUAAUGUAUUAGGGGUUUGUGAUCGACAAAUGAAGUUUUUGUAUGUCUUGGCUGGAUGGGAAGGGUCGGCUUCGGAUUCACGCAUACUACGUGAUGCCAUGUCACGGGAGGACUCAUUUGUUGUUCCUAGUGGUAAAUUCUAUCUAGUGGAUGAUGGAUAUACAAAUGGUCCGGGAUUUCUUGCCCCGUACCGAUCUACACGGUACCACUUGAAUGAAUGGGCUAUUCAAGGCAACAAUCCAUCUACUGCGAGAGAGUUAUUCAACCUACGCCAUGCAACGGCUAGGAAUGUGAUAGAGAGAACUUUUGGGCUAUUGAAGAUGAGAUGGGCAAUCUUGAGGACCAGCUCAUAUUUUGAUUUAGAAAACCAGAUUAGGAUCAUCCAUGCUUGCUGCAUAUUGCAUAAUUUUUUAAGAGAUAGACAAAGAGAUAUGGACGAUAUUCUAAUACAUGAAGUUGAUAGUCUCAUCUCUGCUGCUCCUGCUGAAAAUCAAGGAGAAAUGAGUCUGAUUACGCAUGUUCAAUCAACUAAUGAGUGGGGUAAUUUUAGAGACACCAAAGCUAGUGAAAUGUUUGUUGAUUAUCAAGCGAGGCGUGGUCAAAGCUCAUAGUUGUAUGCUUCUGUUUUCUAUGUCUUUGUCAUUUAUGAUUUUUUGUGUUUGUGUUUUUUAUAUGUGUGGUUCUUUGAUUGUAGGACAAGAAAACAAGGGGCUAUGUUCCUUGGAAUGAUGAGAUGGAUAAGGUACUCCUCGAUACAUUUGUGGACUAUUACAA